UCUUCGCUUCGCUUGCACUUCUCCCCCUCCCCCAACCCCAUCACAAUUCGUUCGGCCCCCCCGUGUCGCCUGCUCGCACUGGCCACGACCAAACCCUAGGCGCCGCCGCCCCCGGGGCCCCCAGGGAAGCUCGCAGGAGGAGGAGGAGAUCGGUGAGGAGAGAGUGAGGGAUUUAUGUCCCAGCGAGGGGACAGGGGCGAGGGGCACGCCAGGAGACCCGGCCGGUCCACCAGCUUCGGCGGCCACCGCGGAGGCGGAGUCGGCGGCGCGGGCAAGGGCGGCGGGGGCCCCUCCGGCCAGCCUCCCCUCUCAUCCAACCGUAGCUUCAGGAAGCCUGGCAAUGGCCACAGCGGGCACCAGAGGGUGGUGAGUCAACCCGACACCACCGGCUUCCAGCCCGCACCCGCACCUGGCCCCCUCCAGACGCCGGUGCGUCCACCAACCGCGCCACAGAAUGCGGCAGCGUACAUUCCCAUCCCUGCACCGCGGUCGCAGCACCACGAUCCUCAAGUACCAUCGUCGUCACCUGCUAUUGAGAAUCCGGCCAGUACGCAGUUGCCAAAAAAUACUCCUCAUGCUGCCCCCAGGGUACCACCAAAGAGCUCCAAUCCACCGGUUCCUCAGGGAGCAUCAAAAGGGGAACCAUCCAAGGGAUUUAACUUACAGUUUGGUAGUAUAAACAUGAACGGGCUUCCGCAAUUUCCUGCUAGGACAAGCUCAGCUCCUCCAAACUUAGAUGAACAAAAACGUAAUCAGGCACUUCUGGAGGAACUUAAAGUCAAACCUGCUGCGCCCAUACAACCAGCUCUGAAACAGCAGCCAUUGCAGCAGCCACCGCAGCCGCAGCAAAAGCAACAACAGCAGCCAUUGCAGCUGCCGCAGCAGCCACAGCAGCAGCAAACAAGAAAAGAUGCUGUUGGUUCUAGCCAACCUAACUCUGUGAACCCUCAUAUUCCAUCACAAGUGAAAAGAGAUGUGCACGUUUCUCCGUCUGCUCCCAAUGUUGCAUCUCUGAGACCCAAUGUUCAAUCAAUUUCUGGUUUGCCCAUGCCAAUUCCGUUUCACCAUCAGCAGCCACCAGUUCCCUUGCAGUUUGGUGGUCAUGGUCCACAUAUGCAACAAGUUGUCGUGCCUAGCUCAUUGCAAAUGCCAAUGCCAUUGACGGGUGGUAAUGCACCACAGGUUCCACAGCAGCUAUAUGCCUCGGCUAUCCAGCACCAUCAAUUGCAACAGCAAGCAAUGAUGCAUCAAGGACAGGGUAUGAGUUAUGUUUCUUCAGCUGGUCAUCAGUUCCCACCUCAGUUGGGCAACAUUACUAUGAACAUGGCACCACAAUAUACUCAGCAACAGUUUAUUGGUUCUCGGAAAACUACUGUCAAAAUUACUCAUCCAGACACUCAUGAAGAGUUGAAGCUUGAUAAGAGGAUGGACUCUUCUGGGCAGAGGUCUUCAUCUAAUUUGUCAGCACAAUCCCAGCCAGUCAGUAGUUACAAUCCUCUUACAGACUUAUAUCAUCAGCCACCAAACACCUACAAUCAGUCAGGUAUUUAUUACCCUCCUACGACUGGUGUCAACCAGGUCGCUAACGCAUCCUCAGGCCCUAGGUUGAAUUUUCCUGUCACUCAGUCUGGGCAAGCAAUGACAUACAUCAGCCCAUCUGCAGGUCCUGCGGCAUCAGGUCAGUCCCAAAUCACAGUUAAACCUUACCCUGGUGGUUUGCAGACGGAAAAGUCUGGGACUCGUACUGUCACAAUAAGUGCCCCACCGUGUAAAUCAGAUGCACCUAAGCUAAGGCCAGCUGAGGAUGCUGCACCAAAUCUGCAGAAGGAUAGCGAAGUUGUUUCUGGGAUUACUGUUUCUAAUAAAUCAGCCCAUGAGAAGGAGAGUAAAGCUCUGGUAGUCACAGAGAAGCAUCCCACUGUGGCGAGCCAGUCCUUACCAAUUCAAGGUGCAAAACCAGAAACUACAGUGAUGGCAUCUCCUGUUGCGAAUUCAGUCUCACCUGUGUCUGGGGCUGAUGGGAAGAACAAAGAAGCCAUUCAAAGGGCUGGGUCAUUUAAGGAUAGUAAGAAAAAUGGCGCUAAAAAGGACACCAGGAAUUCAUCUCAACAACAACAGUCAGCUUUGUCUACUGUAGAUUUAAAGGUGCAAACUUCUGUAAAGGUUGGAGGUGAUGAUGGUGAUCAAUUGGAAGCAAAGAACACCAGCUCAUCUUCAGGCUCAACGGUUGCCUUGCCUGAAAGUAGGAUUUCUCCAGGGGCUCGUACAGCUGAAGUUGACAGCACACCAAUAAAUGAUAAGAGCUCUCCAAAACCAGUUUCCGAGGGUACCGGUGAGCCUCAAGGAGUAGAAAGCUUUUCUGCUUCUGCUGUUGAAUGUGAGGAAAGCAAGCAAACUGACAAAGUUUCUGCAGAUCCUAGCAAAAAUAAUAUUUCUUCUGAUGGUACUGAACGUGAAUCAUCUGAAGUAUCUGCAAUGGACAUGACUGGGCAGGCAUUAGCAGUGACUUCUAAUACUAAUAAUUCAGAUCCAGCACCUCAGGUACCUGAUCAGGAACAGUUACUGAAGGAGUCAACACUAUCUGGAUCUGAGGAACAAGAUAAGAUGAAUAGUUCAUCCAAGAAUUCUGAAACUUUGUCAGAUUUUCUUGAUGGCAAUGAGAAGGUUGUGAGAACUUCUGAAACUUCAGAGUCUACUGUUCAAAGUGCUAAUGAUAAAGGUGACUCAGAUAUUAGUCAGGAAUCAGGUUUAGCUGUUUCCAGUGUUACUCUAGUUGCAUCAGAGGGGCCACAGAAAUCUGAAAGUACGGUAGAUGAUCAAUCCAAUGCUGCACCAACAGCAUCUAUUCAACCAGAAUCAAGGGAAAAGCCUGUGGAGAUUACCAGAACAAAGUCCACAGCUGGGAAGAAGAAGAAGAGAAAGGAAAUGCUUUCUAAAGCUGACGCUGCUGGGACUUCAGAUCUUUAUAACGCAUACAAGGGACCAGAGGAAAAGUUAGAAAUUAUCGAUACUGCAGAGAGUGCUGAUAGUUCUUCAACAGUUGAUGCAACUCAUAUGCUGCCUGAUGAAUCUGAAAGGGAGGUCAGCACAUCUGCAGAUGAUGGUAAGAAAAAAGUUGAGCCCGAUGACUGGGAAGAUGCAGCAGACAUGUCUACUCCAAAGUUGGAAAGUUCGGAUUCUGGAAAUCAGGCUGGCGUCACACAAUUAUUGGAUUCAGAUACAACUGAAGCAAACGGCAGGAAGAAAUACUCACGGGAUUUUUUGCUAACUUUGUCACAUCACUGUACUGGUCUUCCUUUUGGAUUUCAGCUGAAUGAUGUUGCCACUGCCAAUGCUCUAAUGAAUAAUUUGGCAGGAAAGUCCUAUAUUGUUGAUCAUGAACCUCACCCUAGUCCUAUAAGGGGGAUUGACAGGCCAACUUCUCGUGGUGACCGCCGUGGUGCUGCUAUGGCUGACGAUAGGUGGACAAAAUCAGGUGUUCCUCUCAGUCCUGGUCGUGAUGCCCACAUGGACUUGACAAAUGGUCCAUCAAUUAUCAAUUACCGUGGUGGCCCAGGAGUUAAUCAUGGUGUUUUGAGGAAUCCACGUGGUCAACCAUCAAGUCACCAUGGUGGUGGACUUCUUGUAGGACCGAUGCAAUCCAUUGGAUCUCAAAUACCUCGCAGCGGCUCUGAUUCAGAUAGAUGGCAGCAAAAAGGUCUGAUGCCUUCUCCUGCCAUGCCCAUGCAAACAAUGCACAAAGCAGAGAAAAAGUAUGUUGUUGGCAAAGUGUCAGACCAGGAAGAGGCGAAGCAGAGGCAGCUGAAAGGCAUUCUUAAUAAGCUGACUCCGCAAAACUUUGAAAAACUUUUUGAACAAGUUAAGGAAGUAAACAUUGACAAUGUGGCAACUCUUACAGGGGUCAUCUCACAGAUAUUUGACAAAGCUUUGAUGGAACCUACUUUCUGUGAAAUGUAUGCUAAUUUUUGUUUCCAUUUGGCUAGUGCCUUGCCAGACUUUAGUGAAGACAAUGAGAAAAUCACGUUCAAGAGAUUGCUUUUGAACAAAUGCCAAGAAGAGUUUGAGAGGGGUGAAAGAGAAGAAGCUGAAGCUGAUAAAACAGAAGAGGAAGGUGAGAUUAAGCAAACCAAAGAAGAAAGAGAGGCAAAGAGAAUCCGUGCUCGAAGGCGCAUGCUUGGGAACAUUAGGUUGAUCGGAGAAUUGUACAAAAAGAGGAUGUUGACGGAACGGAUCAUGCAUGAGUGCAUUAAAAAAUUGUUAGGAAAUUACCAAGAUCCUGAUGAAGAAAACAUUGAAGCACUGUGCAAAUUGAUGAGUACAAUUGGAGAGAUGAUAGAUCAUUCAAAGGCGAAGGAACACAUGGAUGCUUAUUUUGAUAUAAUGCAGAAGAUGUCAACAAGUAAGAAGUUGUCGUCUCGUGUAAGGUUUAUGUUGAGAGAUUCAAUUGAUUUGAGGAAAAAUAAAUGGCAGCAGAGGCGUAAAGUUGAAGGUCCCAAGAAGAUCGAGGAGGUUCACAGGGAUGCAGCUCAGGAAAGACAUGCUCAAACGAGUAGGCUAGGACGUGGUUCAGUUGUCAGUUCCGCUCCAAGAAGAGGAGCACCGCCUAUGGAUUAUGGCCCACGUGGCUCAGCAGCAUUAGCGUCCCCAAGUUCACAGCAAGGGAGCAUUCGGGGACUGCCUUCGCAUUCACGUGGAUUCGGUUCACAAGACAUCCGAUUUGAGGAAAGGCAUCAGUCUGAAAGUAGAACUGUUCCUCUUCCCCAGCGUCUCGUCAAGGAUGAAGCUAUCACUCUUGGGCCACAAGGUGGCCUUGCUAGGGGUAUGUCUAUAAAAGGGCAGCCGCUGAUAUCUAAUGCUGAACUUCCUUCAGUUGUUGACCAUCGCAGGAUGGUGUCUGGUACUAAUGGGUAUAACUCGGUGGCUGAUUGGACAUCUUCAACUGGAAGAGAGGAUCCUAGCUCAAGAAUUCCAGAUCGAACCUCUGGUAGAAUAGCAGCUUCUACUCAAUCUGCUGGACCUUCACACAAACCAGCCAGCCAGGAAGGCCGUUCAGUAAAUAAAUUGUACUCUGAGGAUGAUUUGAGAGAGAAAUCUGUUGCCGCCAUUCGGGAAUAUUAUAGUGCAAAAGAUGAAAAGGAGGUUGCAUUGUGUAUUGAGGAGUUGAAUGCUCCAAGUUUCUAUCCUUCUGUUGUAUCACUUUGGGUAAAUGAUUCCUUUGAAAGAAAAGACAUGGAGAGAGAGUUGUUGGCUAAACUUUUCGUCAGCCUUUGCAAUGGUCGACAUAAUUUGUUGAGCAAGCGACAACUCAUUGAUGGCCUUGCAUCUGUUCUUGCUUCAUUGGAAGAUACUCUAAGUGAUGCUCCAAGAGCCACAGAGUACCUUGGACGACUUCUUGCAAGGUUUGUGCAGGAAAACAUAUUGCCCUUGCAAGAGAUAGGUAGAUUGAUUCAAGAUGGUGGAGAAGAACCUGGGUACCUUGUACAAGAUGGUAUUGCAGCUGAUAUCCUUGUGGCAGUUCUAGAAUCUAUCCGGUUAGAGAAGGGGGAUUCAUUCUUGAAUGAGGCCAAGGCAAGUUCCAAUCUAAAGUUGGAGGAUUUCAGACCACAGCAUCUUAAGCGAUCAAAGUUGGACGCCUUCAUGUAGGGACAAAGAUUAUUGUUACUAGAUUUCCAAUUCAUGGGUGUUGUGACCAAGGAGUAUAUCUUUGCACCCAAUUGGCCAUUUUGAUGAUACCCCUUUGAUGCUGCCCCUACUUGCCGACCAUUCUAUUGGAACUCUUGCAGCAAAAGUCGAUGAAUCACCCAUUUUGUCCAGAGUUGGUGUUGGAAGGGCCGUGGAUGCUGUAGUUAGCCCACAUAAGAGUAUCAGGGAAUAUUUUUGUGAUCACCGGUAGAAGUCUGCCAACCAAUAUUUGUUGGGAGUAGGGGGGAGAACAUUAGGUUGAACUCGACGCCUCCUGCAGGCAUCUGACCAAAUAUUUAUUUGUGAUCAGACUUGAUAAUCGGUUAACUUAACUGGCAUUUUCCAGAUAGCCAAUGUUUCUAAUACUGUCCGAUAAUCUUGUUCAAUCUUCCUGUAA